UAUGUUUUAUCUUUUAAAUUAAAAGCAUGGGUUAAACUGCACAUUUAUAGCUUUAUUCUAACUCGUGUCUAGAUGAUCAUGCCACCAUAUAGGCAUUUGGAUCAUGGGCACAGCUUAAUAUGUGAGAUUGUAGUAAAUGUAAAUGCUAAUACACUGCUAGUGAUGAUGUAGAGCUAUUCAAUGCUUGUGGGAUGGGUAUUCAGAGGUGGUCAAUGAGAUAAAGGCUCUACAAUAUGACAGACGGCAAAGAUGGGCAAGAAUUUUUAGAGAAGGCUGCCAAUUUUUUAAAAGGUCUCAGUUUGAUGCAGCCUCUGAAUUUGUGCUUGCUGAGUUCCUCGUUUGCCAUGCAGCGUUUCGGAUAUGGUCCAGAUUCUGUAGGAAUAUUUAUUGGCAUGUGUCAUAAUUCUAUGGAGCUAUUUUAUUUGUUUUCUGCAUUAGGAACAUUGGCUUUUUUCUCUUGUUUGAAACAGUGUUGUGAUAUAACAAAGACAAUACAACAAUGGUGUUCCAUCCUGGUUUCCUGGAUCAUUGUUGCUGUUAAUGUCGUUAUCCUGAAAGCGUUUGCUUUGGGAGAAGGGAAUUCAAAUGUAGUUGCUUAUUAUUGGGCCUUGGUAAUUGCUCACCUUGUAGCAGGUAUAGAUGACAUGAUUAUGUACGACAUCUCAUCGAAUAACAUAGCAUCAUAUGACCUUGGUUCAUCCUGUACCGGAAUAUUCGUGGCUUUAAUGCAUGGUAUGACAUUAUUCAUUUUACACAAGAUUGGUAUGGAUGUGAAUUAUUGGCUCGUGCUAAUGCAUAUUGUUGUUAUGUUGACUCUAUCAUUUAUUGUAGCCAUUGUAUGGAGUUAUUAUAUUUCCACUAAGUUAGGUGAAAGUUCAGGCGAAUCACAACCGACUACUGAAAAUGGAAAUUGCGAUGGCAAAUUUACAUUUGGGAAAGCAUAUUUUGGCGCCUUUCCUAUGAUGGCAGCUAGUACCGUAGGCUAUGGGUUUAUAUAUGUAAUCUACCCUCUCAUUUCUCCAUUCGAGAUGGUGGCGUAUAAACACAGAUACCCAAUUCAAAGUUUAUGCACUAUCUUCCAUGCGAUUGCUGGCAUAAGUAUAUGUUACCUUGCCGAGAAAGCAGGUUUGAAAGACAAGUGGGAAAAUGACAAAGCUUGUUAUUACCUAUUAUAUCUCCUUUUCAUUCCAUAUCUCGGCAUAGGGAUCAUGUUUAUUGUAAUUAUGCAUUACCCUUUGUCGACAGUAGCAAAGCUUGUUCACAUGAAACCGCUGAUUGUAGGAUUCCUAACAGUAUUCUUCUUUUUUUCUGGUGAAGUGGUAAUUAUUUCAUCAACGUCAUCAAUUGAUGGGAAUGCAAAGCCCUCCAAAACUGCAAGAGGUGGGAAAGAGUGCAAAUGUUCAUAUGGCUCCACUUUGUCAUCAGUAAAUUUAGGUAUAAACCUACUUGUUUUGAACAUUGCCAAGUAUAUAUCAGAAGCGUAUAUACAAGAAUUUAUAGUAACAAGAGAUGCCUACAAACCUGGAGAACCAUGGCCAACUGAAGGAAUGAGCGUAACGGAUAGUUUCCUAUACUGGUUGUUCGUCGGUAUUGAAGAAGGCUUUGUAAGCUUUAAAGAAUCGUUUGACCAAAAUGUCAAGGGUAAGCUAGAGCAUACCCUUAUGGAAAUGAAUUCCGAAUUUUAAUAAUGUGCUUGUACAAGAAACACGGUAUUUCUGCACAAGAGCCAUAAUAGUAUAUCGGGUCGGUAACACAUGUAACUUCUCGGGCGUAAUACACAUUAAGCGCCAUUAAUGUGU